CCUCCUCCUCAGGGAAACAAAAGGGGCAGUCAGUAUAAAAGAAGUGUGAGGUCCCUAAAUAUUCAUUCUUCUUCUGCCGCGCUCGUCUUGCAUCCUUCAGUCUCACUCAGGAGCUAAGAUGACUUUCUACGAUGACAUUUACCCAUUCUACCCGCUACAAAGGACCUCCUUUAUCUUCAGUGGCGGCUUGCUCACCGUUAUCCUGGUUUUUCUCGUGCUAGCAGCGAGUCUUCUUCUUAUUCUGCCCGGGAUACGAGGGAAGUCGAGGCUGUUCUGGAUGUGUCGGAUUAUUAUUAGCUUGUUCAUCGGCGCGGUGAUCGUCGCGCUCAACUUCACCUGCGACUGGGCCGAGGCCAGGAUGACCACUAAUGCCACCUACAAGUCUUUCAGCAACGCGGUGGUUGAUGCUGACAUCGGCUUGCAUGUCGGCCUCUACGGCAUUAAUGUGACACUCAAGGGGAAUCCUGUGGUGCAGUUCAAUGAGACCAUUGACUACAAUGAGAUGUUCAGCUGGCAUGAGUCUAUGGAGGAAGAGUACGGGGAAGCCCUGGAGAGAGGUUUACCCAACCCCAUCCUGUACAUCGCUGAGAAAUUCACCCUGAGCAGCCCGUGUGGACUCAUCUUUCAGUACAGAUACUCAGGACGAUACGCCUCCGCAACCCUCUGGACGGCGUUUUGCUGCUGGUUGGUAGCGAAUAUCCUCUUCACCAUGCCGGUCAUUCUGUACGCUGGCUACAUGAUGAUAGCCACCGCCGCCUUCAUCUUCUUCUCCAUGGCGUCCUUCUCCACCAUCAUGAACGCACCGCAGUGUGUUUUCUGCAUAGGAACGGACUCCUUUGAGAUCAAUUACAGCCAUUCAUUCUGGCUGGCCCUGGCUACAGGUUUGCUGUGUGCCGUCAUCGGGACUCUGGUGGCCUUGUUGGACUUUCUAAUGCCAGAGAAAAUGAAAGAGGCCUUCAGUGUUGGCGUCGACAGUUACGAAGACGAGGAUGUGUAUUAUGGGGAGGGCUACUUGAACACCGUUUUUAUUGAUGGAGUGACAGUUUUACCACUUACAUCAAAAGUCACGGCGGUAAGUGGCGACACGGAGAGCGUACUUCUAAUCCGGUGUCAGUAAUUCUUAAUAUAAUAACAUGCACACACUGAAGGAGUAAUUUGGCCCAACCGAAUCCUUGUAAGUAAUUACUGUAGAAGUAAAUGUUUAAACUCACAUACACACAUACAUAAACAUACACACAUAUACAUAAAUGACUAAAUAAAAAUAAAUGUACAGGUUCAUGUGAUGAUGUAGCACAGUGGCCACCCCACCCUAUUUCUCAUGAAUCCUGCACAGUAAUAUCUAUUUAGUAUCUACAUCCACCUUUUUUUGCUUGUUGACUAACAUGUCUUGUUUCUAUUUAUGUUUCAGGAGCACACAUGAAGCCUUGGUGGUUUCCCUCUGUGGAUCAAGUUAAUGCUUGACGAUAUUUCUGCUGAAUGUGUUACUGUUUGAAUGCUCUAUGAGAGCCUAUUGUGUGUUAGACAUGAACUGUAAAUAGUUGUGUAAGUAAAGUUCAUUAUCAUGGUGCAGUGAAAUAUGUAAAUUUGUAUGGGAUCCAUACACUGUGUAUGUACUGAUCAAUACAGAUUAUAGUUCUAUUAUAACUCUUUUUCCAUUAAGAAUUGAAAGUAUUUAUAGUUUAAUUUUGCUUGAAUUUUGUAAGUCUCUUCAGGAUUUCUGGUCUAAUUUGUACAUAGUUCGUUGUUCGUUAACACCUUUGUUGUGGGAUUGGCACCAUUGAUUUUUAAUACAGGAAAAUGUAUGGCCACCAUAAUAAAAUGAAAACA